AUGACAAAGAGACAAAGAUAUCUCAAUUUAAAGACCCCAGAAGUCCAACCUGACAACAAAUAUUCACAAAAAACAACGACAGAGAGAGGAAUGGCAACAACACCAUACUUCCCCGGCUUCACCGCCAUCUCAGACCAGAUCUUCGUCCGCGAAGGCCUACAAGCAGAAACAACGCGCCCAAACCAGCCAGAAGUGCUCAUAAUCUUCGCCUGGGGCGACGCACAGCCCAGGAACGUCACAAAGUACGCCGACGGGUUCCGCGCCCUCUACCCGCAAUCGAAACAGAUUGCUGUCCUGUCUCCAAUCUACAAGGCGCUAUGGCGGAGUAUGCCGCAGCGCGCCGAGGCCAUGAAGCCCAUUCUGGACGCGGUGUUUCCUUCGAAGAACCCGGCUGAACAUACCGGCUCGGUGCUUGUUCAUGUUAUGUCUAAUACUGGCGGUAUUGCGUAUGCUGCGACGUUGCAUGCGUAUAGGAAUACAUAUGGCCGGCCAUUCCCGCAUCGGCUGGUCACGCUGGAUUCCACGCCCGGAAGCACGGAUCUGACGCUCGCGAAUAUGCGCCGCUUGUCGCUGGCCAUGGCGCUGGGGACGGCGUCGUGGUUCCCGUGGCCGUUUGCGCUGACGCAGGGACUGUGGGGGGUUUUCCUGUGUGUGAUGAAUGUUAUUGAGAGGAUCCUGGGACGGAAGAGUGCGGGGGUUGAGAGUGUCAAGGCGAUUGGGAACGCUGAGCUGUCUACAAAGGAGGCAAGGAGGCUGUAUCUGUAUGGGAAGGGGGACCGGAUUAUCCUGUGGACGGAUAUCGAGCGCCAUGUGGCGGAGGCCAGGGGGGAGGGGUGGAAAUCUGAUUGUCGCCUCUUUGAAGGGAGUGGGCAUGUUGAGCAUAUGCGCAAGAGUCCAGUUGAGUAUUGGAAGGCCAUCCAGGAGUCGUGGGAGGAGGCAGUUCGGAAGAGUGAGGCGGAAUAUCAGCCCUAA